AGGAGAGUGGAGAGAUUCCUUAUCUCAUGCACGAGUGUGGGCUGGUCACUGAGAAAACACCCCGGAGGGAGGCUGCGCAACCCUCUCUGCCGAGCACAGGCCCCCCCCACCGCCUCCUCCUCGUCCCUGAGCUUGGGCACCGUGACGACCGUCACAUGACCUGCAAACACUGGGUCUCCAGGGCUGCACUGAGGCUGGGUGCCUCUCAGAAAGGAUAGUGGGCUCUGCUGUCAGAGAUGUCUCACCAAGCCUGCCACCCGACGCCCCCCUGCCCUGGGGAGCGGCAGCAGCGCAUGUGGGAGAAGGCCUACCAGGACCACAGGAGGAAGGUCCAGGAAGCCCAGCCGCUCGUGGACACCCGGGCCCCGCUGACUCUCGGCCACCUCCACCUGAAACUCAGGAAGCUCAAGCUGGAGGAGGGGCGGCUGUCCGUCAUCGACAGGGACAACCGUCUGCUGCUGGAGAAGGUGUCCUGCAUCAUGAGGACCAGGGGGCAGGCCAGCAGCAGGAGCGCCUGCACACGCAGGAGACAGGGGGAAGAGAGGUCAGAAGCAUUAGAGUGCAGAGGGAAGACAAGAUCAUUUUGGAAAGGAUCACAGACUCGGAGCCAUCCUGUCCCACUCAGAGACGGCUGGGAUCCUGAGAGCCGGCAGAAACACCGAGGGAAGAGGAACUGAAAAUGAAAUUUAGCAAGACCACAUCUUGGACCCAAAAAGUGAAGCUGUGGGUAGGACUCAGGACCUAAAGUGGGAAAAGAAGACAGCGUGAGAAGUGGUGAUGGGAAAACACGCGGCCACCACGGUUCCCUGGUGCCAGAGCCACACUAGUCCUCAGAGACGCUGACCCCGCCACUAUCACACAAGGACAGCUGUACAUACCCAUGAGUCAGCACUCCAAAACUGAGUGUUCACACAAGGUAUUUGACCAGAUGAUGCAGCAAAACUAUUUUAUGGUCUUCUCAGGCUGAUAGCUGGAAAUAGAUUAUGCAGAGUAAUUCCGUGAGUUAAAACCUUUUGAAUUAGAUUUCUUUCUCUAGCUACUAAUACUUACUCUGUUACCAUGUUUUGUGCUGUUGUGGAUUUGCUUAUUACUCCCAGGUGUAUUUGUGUAAUUGCCUUAAAAAUCUGUGAUUGUUACUUUAACAAAUAUCUAAAUAAAUCAGAUUAAAACUCCUCAGUGUGAUGAAAUUAUAACCUGACUCCACAAUACAUGACUAAAGAUGUAAAAAGAACUAGCAGUUCUUGGUUGGAGCAGUUAAACACUGCUGAGAGGGUCCCAGACUCUGCUGACUCUCUCAGUAAAGCCCAG